GAAGGGUUUAGCAGUCCGUCACGGACUUCGAUUCAGGGGACAGGAAAUGAAAGCAAUAGUACGGGAAAUAUGGCGGCGCCCUGUAAACAUACCAAUACCAAACUCGAGAACUAGUUGCCUCAUAUCGCUUUAACUAACAAUAAUUUAAUAUGGCUACAUCCAGCAGGGUUAAUUAGUAAACAGGCUAAUCAUUAUUCCAAGACAAAAUGUGGAAAAAUGUCAAGUAUGUUCAGCCAAAAGGAUUUAGACAAAUAGCAAGUAUUGGUAUGAAUUUACUCGCUCCAAAAACAUGUUGUUUUGGACUAUGGCGGGUCAGACGGAUUUUAUCGAGCUACAACAGCAGUGUACAUCACACGGACCAUUCUGUCCAGAAAGAGUGUAGAACGGAACCACCUUGGAAGGUUCUGUUCUUCGGAACGGACGAGUUCGCCGUGGAAUCUUUGAAAAUUCUCUAUGCUUCAAGACAGGAGUCUAGUGGCAGAAUCGUGGAAUCCCUUGAAGUAGUGACCUUAGACAAGGACCUGCCCGUCAGGAGAUUUGCCAGUGCGAAUAACCUUGUGGUCCAUGACUGGCCGCAUGUACAUCCGCAAGGACGGUUCGACGUGGGUGUGGUCGUGUCUUUUGGCUGUCUGCUUCGGGAGGGUCUGAUCCGUCAGUUUCAGUACGGGAUCCUGAAUGUUCACCCUAGCCUUUUACCCCGGUGGCGAGGCCCAGCCCCGGUGUUCCACACUGUUCUUCACGGAGACGCUGUCACCGGAGUCACCAUCAUGCAGAUUAGGCCCAACAGGUUUGAUGUGGGCCCUAUUCUCAGUCAAGAAGUCUGCCAGGUUCCAGAGCACUGUACAUCUGAACAGCUGGGAGCCAGUUUGGCCACUGUGGGAGCCUCUUUGUUAAUUGAAACCCUGAAAAAUCUUCCGGAGAGAAUAGCAAACAGGAAAGAGCAGUCAAAGGAAGGUGCUACUUUGGCCCCCAAAAUCAACACGGCCAUGAGUUGGGUGAUGUGGGAAGAGCAGACCUGCGAUCACAUCAGCCGUCUGUAUCGUGCUAUCGGCUCACGGGUCCCACUAAGAACCCUUUGGAUGGGAGACUUCAUAAAGCUUUUGGACUUUGUGGGGAAAUUCAGCGUAUCAGAAGCUGAAGACAGAGCAGUGCCAGGAUCCAUACUGUUCCACAAGGAGUCAAACACACUACUUGUUCGCUGCAAGGAUGGCUGGGUGGGAUUCAAAACAGUGAUGCUGAGGAAAAGGCUUUCAGCUGCAGAUUUUUACAAUGGCUACCUUCACACCUUCUUCAUAAAGAGACAUUGCCUACAACACCAGCACUGCCUGUUUCAGAGCAAACUGGCCCAAACCAACGAACAGCCUUCAAGACUGACCCCUCCCAGACUGGGUGCACACACAACUGGAACAGUUUAUCGCUCAAAAGACUGAACUUAAACACGUUUGUGCCACAAACAUAUGCCUGUUUUAAGGCGGUGUUGUAUAAUUAUUAGCCCACAUUAGCUGACCAUGCCUGAAUGCAGUGGUAGGUGACUCAGUGAGGAGAAGGGAAACUGGCUUGAUACAGUUAAGCUCAAUUUUAAUGGGGAGAAGAAAAAAAACAUUUUCCCAGAAGAUUGUGACAUUGCUCUGUACACCAGACAAGCUUAUUUUGCUUGGGCGUAACCUCUCUGAAUUGCUAUGACUCUUGAAGUGUGUGCAGUUUAUCAAUUUUGGUAAAGAGCAGAACUUUGAAUCAGCUUUUCUGAUUGGGCAGAAGCGAUGAGCUGCAUCAGCUGUCUCACAUGUGGAAGUGUGUGAUCUUUUUUAGUGUCACCUUUUACUGGUGACCAGGGCUAAUAAAACAGGGUUGAGACAGAAUGACAAGUCCAUGCCAGGGUUAUUAAAAAAUGCACAAAACAGGGCCCAGGUGGUAACUUUGCGUAAUGGCUGUGGUAGAUUCCGCUUUACUCCUACUGUCAACUCGCAAUUCGUUGUCCCCCCUGUAUUUAGCUGCAUUUAGAAUUUCUAAAGUUCUACCCAGUCUUAAAAAGAGACCACCACAAUGCACUGAGAUGUAGGCUACCGGAAAAUUGAAACGUGGCAAUUUUUAAAUUGGAACAAUUUAUUAAAGGGUUACACAUUGUAAAUGCCAAAAUUGGGGGAUACAUAUUUUUUGUGCAAUUUGUCCUGUAGGUGGCUUGGGAAAAAAAAAACACUUUCAGUGCAGGAAUAACCCUGCAUGCAUUGCUGCCAAACCAGAAGAAAAUUAGGAAUGUUAUCACAUGGAGCUACUUGGUUCCAGUUUGACACCUGUGUGCACGCACGCACGCACACAACCAAAUUUCAAUAACCUUGAGGACGGCCUCACUUAUUGGCUCUACCCUAUGUGUAGCUUAACCACUCCCUUGAUGCUGCAAUAAAAAGCCUACAUUAUUAAAGUUC